GUAGCCUAUGUUGUCGCUUUCGUUCAGUAGUUUCAGUACAGUUAGUACAGCCUACAGCGUACAUAACUAGUUGGAUUGUACUGGUUGGCUGAUUUUGGUUCACAAACUCUGUAACCUAGUUCGUCUUUCUGUUGAAGAUCAUUUAACUCAGGCCAGCUGUUACGAUUGCUAGACCCUUCAACUUAAAAUAAUUGUUUCAUAUGAGUUCAUCAAUGCACUCCGUGAUAUUUUUGAAAAUGAGUUUUUGUGCUUAUGGAAAGUGCUAUCGUUUGAAACCGUCGUAAGAGCAAGUUAAUGUUGACGAAAGAGUGAAUUGUCUUGAAUAAUACCGUAGUGAAAGUUCUGUGAGUUGAUAACUACUUUUGGUGGAAAACACUGUUAAAAGAGUUAGUUUUAUGGAAACUUUGAAUAAUUCCACCUUUAUAAAAAGUCUUCAAUAGUCUACCUUUCCAAUUUUGUGAUUGUAUUGCUCAAAAUAAUUCUAUCAUAUCAAUUUUUCAUUUUUUAACCCUUAUGUGAUUUGUUAUGAAUUUUUCACUUCGUUUUUGGAGAUUUCCAAUGAGACCAACUUUCUGAAAACGUAAAUUUUAGGGAUUAAACUUGAAAUUAAUCAAACAAAGAUAGAAAGACUCAAUUAUUAUAGAUUUUGCCAUGCAUGAGUGGUUCAGUCUAUUCAGAUGCUUCAAUAAUAAAUAUGUUAAUAUUAAUGUAACCAAUUUUUUUCAAACUUGGGAUGCACGAAUAAUAAAUAUAUGAAAUUCCGAGCUAUUGAUAAAUUAAAAUUUGAUACCGGUAAUGUGAUUUAAUUAAAGAUGCCAUGUAUGAAAAACAUUCAGCAAAUAGGUAUGGGAUAAAUGACACAAAAAGUAAAUUACGCUAUGAUUUGAAUGCACUACUGUACAAUUCAAAUAUUGAGGAAUGAAAUAGAGUGAUUUUCAAAAAUCAUCACUUGAAUGAUAUAGGUAAUUUUCAAAAAGUAAGACUGGUUGAAAUAGUAGCCUAUUGGAAAACUAUUUAUUAUUUCUAUCAACUAAAAUUGUACCGUACCUAAAAAUAAAAUAAAACUGUAACUAAUAGGUACCAAAUUAAAAAAUGGACUAUUUUAAUUUUUUUUUGUAAAAAUACUAAUAAAUAGAGAGAUUUUACCAUCUUAUUGUAAUGUGUCCUGGGCUUUUCCACUAUAAUAAUACAGUCUACAAUGAUGACAGAAUGGCAUGAAUUAUUGAUUGUCAGAGUCAAUGCUCUUUUAAUAAAAUACAAUUCUCUAUUAAACGUGAGAUUCCGAUUCAUUGUAUGCAAUUUAACAAAAUAUGACGCGAUGAUGGUUUGGAAACAGUUUCUAAUAUUCCUCUUACUUUUUACAAUUUUAAUAAUAUUACUUUUUUUAGAAUUUGGAGAAAAUUUAAAUUCAGAUCCGUUUUUGAAGUAUAUGUUUCUGCCUAGGAGAGAAGAGCUGGGAUUUUUUAGAGUUGAAAAUGAUUUAUUGGAGACACCACAAGAAGGACAACUGAUAGAUUUUGAAGAUUUUAAAUACAUGAUAGACCAACCUUGUGAUUCAAUACUUCCUAGUUUUAAAGCAGUGCUUUUGAUUACUUCAUUUGCUGGUAAUAUUGAGAGUAGGAGUGCGAUAAGAAGGGCUUAUCCGAGAUCAGUGAUUGAAAAACUUGGGAUUCGAAGGGUUUUCCUAUUGGGGAAACUCAAGCAGAAGCAGUCAGACAUAACUCAAAACGCGAUCAUCCAUGAGAAUGAAAGGUAUCUAGAUAUCCUUCAAGGUAAUUUUUUGGAAGCUUAUAGAAAUCUCACUUAUAAGCACACCAUGGGUUUGAGAUGGGCAGCAACAAGGUGUAAGGAUGUCAAGUUUAUUAUCAAAAUGGAUGAUGACAUAGUUGUAGAUUUGUAUAAAUUGUCCACCAUCAUUGAUGAGAAUCAGGGUGGAUUUGAUAUGAUGGGCUACUUAUUAGAAGGUAUGAAACCGAUAAGACUGGAAGCUAAUAAAUGGUUUGUUCCGAAAGAAGAGUUUCAAUUAUCAUCUUAUCCAAAAUUUCUCUCAGGCUGGUUGUAUGUUACAACUCCUGACUUUGCUAAAUGUCUUAUCAAACAGUCAACAACAGAAAAGUAUUUCUGGAUUGACGACGUGUAUGUUAGUGGCAUUCUUGCGCAAAAAUGUAAUGUGAAAUUUGUAGAUAUUCGUGAAUUCUUCACUCUACAUCCCGAAUAUUAUGAGUGCUGCAUUAGAAAAAAUAUUAGCUGCAAUUAUGUCGCGGGACCCAAUGGGGGAGAUAAUGGUCUGAUAGUCAAAUAUGAAAAACACAUAAGAAAUUGUUCAGAGCAGAAGUGUGCUGCUUUAAAGUUGACUAGGAAUACUUGUUUAACUCAGCGCAAAAUACCCUCAAUAGGAAAAGGAUUUGUUGAGCUCAAACAAAUAAAAUUAUAGUAAAUCAUCAACUCAGUAAAUACAGAAGUUCUAAGACAAUAUCUUUAAAGGUGAAAUAAAAAUAUGUUGUCAAUUCCACAAAAUUUUUAUUUGAGUCCAAACUAGUUUCGAUGAUGCACUUGGCAUCAUCUGACUGCGAGUCUACCAAUGAUGAUGAUGAUGAUGCCAUGUGCAUCGAAACUAGUUUGGACUCAAAUAAAAACUUUGUGGAAUUGACAACAUAUUUUUAUUUCACCUUAAUAUGGAGAAAUUCCACAACAUCUCUGUGCAAAGUGUUAACAAUAUCUUUUCAUGAACUAGCACUAUAAAAGAAACAAAUGCCACAGUAUAAGCAUUACAAAAGAUAAAGACCUAGAUAAAAAAAUAAUACCUUGUUUUGGUGUGGUGUUUACGAUACAGACAAAAAAUGACUUUGAUCAACUUGAGCUUUGAGAUACAAACAUUCAAAUCUGUAAAGAAUCUUUAACAUUUAAGAUGAGUUUCAUAUUCCUGUCACAUGAGAAUAAUGAAUAAGUUGAAGAGAUUUUCAUCCAAUUAUGAAGAGAGAAGUAAUGACUUUUACCAUUAAUAAUAAAAAUAAUGAAUAAUUUAAAAAAAUUGUUCUGUUCUGUGAUUUGAAUAUUAUACGAGUAUAAUUAGGCUAUAUAUAAUUUAUUAGGCUAUACCCACCAUAGGUUAAAGAUAAGGUAUUUUCGCCUAAUGUUUGAUAGACGUUAACUGUUGCAAGUAAAUUAUUGAGACGGAUCAAUAUGAAUCUACACGUAUGUUAAUAUGUAUUCAUUAUAUUGAUAUUGACAAUGAGCGAAGAAAUGAAAAUAGAGUUGUGCUAAUAAAGGAAGGAUUCUUGCUCAAUCGUUAUACAUGAAAUCAAUUAUUAUUAAUUAUCCAGUAAUUUUUAAAAUGAUGUUUUAAUUUUAAUAUAAUGCUUAUACAGAUCUAUAUUUAUUUAAUACCGAUACUGUAGCUUCAAGGAAAUAAAAUUAUGUUUACAGAAAAAUUAUUUGGAUUGUAAAUUAUCCUUGUUUAACUGUUAUACAUGUUGACUAUUAAAGCUAUUAUUACUCGAAUGAUGACUGAGAUUUAGGAAAAUGAUUUCUUUGUUGACAAUUCUACAAAAUAAUUGUCAGUACCGUUAUGUAAUUUUAAUAAUAUACUGUAAUCAGUGAAUGUUCAACAAAUUGUACAUAAUUAUAUUAUCUACUAAUUCGGAGUAUAGUGCUAUUACUUCAAUUUCUAUUGAAAAUAUAA